UACUGUCUUGCAGCCCGGGCGGGUCGGCUGAAGGGUGGAGACUCAGCAAGCAAUGAGGAUCACAGCUGGAGCAUAAAGAGCAAGAGGAGAGAGGACGGCGUACGGAGAGAGAAGUGUGUGUGGAUGUAAUCUGCUGCCUCGCUGACUGGCUGUGUAUGUGCGUGUGUCAGAAAGAGAUCAGGAGAGGGUUGAACGUGUGGAUACUACUCCACAGCACUGGAUGCGUGGGGCUUCACAAAAAAACCCAAACAAAGUGAGCGGGGCAGACACAUAUUGCUGACUGAACAGCUGGCUGACACCAGGGCAGGAGGCGUACGGAGGAGUAAGCAGACUAAGUCAAAUAAACGAGAACUGACUGGGAGCGCCCAUGGCGAGUAACAACACGGCCAGCAUUGCACAGGCCAGGAAGCUGGUGGAGCAGCUGAAGAUGGAGGCCAACAUUGACAGGAUAAAGGUGUCCAAAGCAGCGGCAGACUUAAUGUCUUACUGUGAAGCUCAUGCCAAAGAGGACCCCCUGUUAUCACCGGUGCCAGCAUCAGAGAAUCCGUUCAGGGAGAAGAAGUUCUUCUGCUCCAUCCUGUAAACUCAGCAUGGCCCUUCAGCUGGCUGUGGGAGGGACUUUGAACGUGGACGUUCAGAAUACAUAGAAAUCGUCUAGUAGGAGAGCAUUGUAUUUUCUUUGCCUCCUUUAUCGCUUGGCAUUUAAAGAGCGCAAAAAAUCUAAACCAUAGAGUAAACAUGUAACCAAUGAAGGGGCUGUUAUUUUUUAGGGGUAUGUGGCAUGUAGAAGGGAUCUGUACUUUUAGAUGAAUCAAAAGGGAGCAUGAUUAGGGUGAGAAAGAUGAUAAUCACCCAGGGAUGUGAUGGACAACCAAUCAACGUACCAUGUUUUCAGGUUAUAAUGUGUAAACACUUAAAAUAAUCAUGAAAAAUAUGUUGUUCUUUACAGGACCUUCAGGUGUUCCUUUAAAAAUGGUUUGUGGUUUAAGUGGUCCACAGUAGGAAAGCAGCCAAAACUUCGCCAACCACUUGACACCACCCAGUUAUUAUUGGAAUGUGUUUUCUAAGUUGUUUAUUUUGUGUUUUUACCAGUUUCAUUAAGAUAUCUUUCUAUAACUGUAUGUAUGUGAUUAAUGAAGCCUUUCUCUUUUGAUCUUUCUUUUGUUUUAUAAACCAACAGGUUAAUGAACAUUUUUUUUAUUGCGAGAUGUUUCUCUCUGUACACCUUUCUGAAAGUUAGUUUCUGUAUAUCUAAAUCUAUCAGGCAAUUAUGAUGCAGUUUGUCUCCUUCAGACACAAUCCCUCUUUCUACUAUUUGUACAAAGUGACUAGCAGAUAAACUGUGCUGUGCUGUGAAUUUGAAAUGUUUGUGUAUGUCUCAUUAAUUAUAACAUGAAAUGGUGUAAAUGUC